AAAGUUAAAAAACCAAUAAAAAGUGCACAGUACCUCAAAUAAAUUUAAGACAUUGGUAUGUUUGAUCAUCUUCAUGGUCGAAAUCUCUCUUUUGCUCUGCACGCGCGUCCUCGAUCGCGGCACUUAACCGCUGCUGCUCAUUUCUCCUCCGUUACGUUAGAAGGAAAUGUGCUGGUGGAUAAGCUAAAUAGUAGUAGUAGCAGCAGCAGCAGCAGCAGCUGUAGCAGUAGUAGAGUUUGGGAAGAUGAAGAAGAUAGAAGAGAAUUGUCCUGUAUUCUUUUUCUGGGUGACGGUCAAACUCAAAUCAUUUGUAAUAAGAGAGUUCAGAACCAAUCAAUCCACCAACCAAAUAAUGAAGAAGCUGAGAUGGGUGAUGGAUGGCGGAUUCUGGGACGUGGACGUAUCAACGCCGGUGACGUUGGACGGGGUGGCGCGCCCCGUCCCCGGUGAGGUCCUUCCGUUGGGAUUGACUCGUGGACCAAGGCUGUCCAGGCCCAAGCAGAUUGAUUUCUUCCAGCGUUUCAUGGCGAUGCCCUUCGUCCCCUCAUUUUCCAAUUCCCUCUCUCUCCAACGAGUCCUAUCUCUCCCUCUUCCCUCCUUUGCCCGCGAAACCUGGUUUUCAACAUUGCUUGGACAGUUCGAUGUGCAGAAGUUUGUUACUUCUCUCAGAAGGAAUGGGUUAAGACAAGAAUCAGAUGCGUCCUCUUUGCAAAGUAUUUGGAGACACCUUUCAGACCCAAAUUUGUAUGCCCUCAAUUUCUCUUCCGAAUGGUUGUUAACACCUGAAGAUACAAUGCUACUUAGCUUGGAAGCACAUGCUGAUGACAAGACUCCUAGAAAGAAGGCAGUACUUCAUCACAAGUUUCCCCAUCAUAAUCUCACUUUGGAGGCAACUUCGCCAGCACUUUUUGUUGACCAUCUUGGUAAUUACUGGGAUGUUCCGUUCACAUGGGCCUUGGAUCUUGCAUCAGUGGCUUCUGAUUCCGGUACUAGCUGUCAUUUCUGCAUCAACCAUACUGUAGGUUCACCCAAACAAUGUGAAGAGCACCCUAUGAGCUCAGAACCUCCUAGUUUACUUCCUGGAUUGUGCGCCAAAUGCGCUGUUUCAGUCAAGAAAAAUUUUGACAUAUGGAGGAGUGAGGCACCAAAGAUAAAAAUGGUGCAACCAUAUGAUAUAUUUCUCUCCAACCCUCAUAUUUCAGCAUCAGCAACCCUGGGUACUGUAGUCACUGCAUCUCUUGGAGAUAAAUCGCUCAGAGCCCAUACAAAAGAUGAGUCAUUUGGGUUUCGAGCCAAAGGAGCAAAUUCUGCAAUUUUAGCUGAUCUUUUUGCAACUGCAUCCCUCUCUUUUCAGCACGGACAUUUCCAAAAGCGGUUUUUGGACCUUACUCGCUUUUACACACGGUUAGAUAUUCCAUUGGGGUUAAAGUUCCUAGUUGGUGCCUCUCAGGUGGCAUUUGACCUUUACAAUUCUAAAGCACCAAGUAUUGAAGCAGUUCAGGCAAUUUGUCCUACUGCCAGCCUUUUGAUUCAGCAGCAGAUAGCGGGACCUUUCAGCUUCAGAGUUGAUGCUGGAGUGAGCCUUAAUCUAAAGAAAGAAUGGUACUUCAAUGUGAAUGACCCUGUAGUUGCUGUUGAAUAUGCCUUGCAAGUUCUUGGUUCAGCAAAAGCUCUAGCUUGGUACUCCCCGAAACAAAGAGAAUUCAUGAUAGAAUUACGGUUCGUUGAGACCUAAAGCUAAAAUGGACAAUUUUGUGUGCAAGUAGUUUUCCUGUUUCACUUUUAAUAAGGUGUAAUGGGUGCUCAAAAUUGAGAUUAAGUUUGGCUUCUUUAGACCACGUACAAUGAUGAGAGGCCAUCAGCAUGGCUCUAACCAUGUACGACUAACAUAACAUAUAGAAGAAUUAUGUUUGAAGAUGCAAGGAGGCUGGAGGUCAGCGAUUUCUUGUGGGA